AUGGAGUUCGUCUUGUGUGGGUUAUCGACACUCGUGGGGUUGUGGAUUGUGCAGGAAACACAUGCCCCCACAGCCAUGAGGAUCGCUGAAUUCGACAGCUUACGCCCUCACCAAGAGAGACAAAGAUGGAAGACAAUACGCGCGGCAAUAGCUCGAUCAGUCGUUCUCCAAACCACCUCACCCGUCGUGAUCAUCGCCGCGCUGUAUACGUCAACGGCGUUUGUCUUCAUGUACUUCAUCAUCACGACCCUGCCCAUCCUCUUCGGCACCCAGUACGGCUUCAACGAAGCCCAAAUCGGCCUCACCUAUAUCGGCCAGGGAACCGGAUUCGCGAUUGCGCGCUUCGCCGGCCCGGCCUUGGACUGGUACGUGAAUCGCCAGCGAGCCAUCCACGGCCACAGUAGGCCCAGAGACCGCCUGCCCGCAAUCCUGCCUGGCAAGAUGCUGAUUAUGAUCGGCCUGAUGUGGUACGGGUGGUCGGCUCAAGCCCAGCUUCAUUGGGUGAUGCCGAUUAUUGGAUCCGGUUUGAUUGCGGCGGGCAUCGCAGUCGUCUUUACGGCCGUGCAGACGUAUCUGAUUGAUGCGUUCACGGACUAUGCUGCCAGCGUGAUUGCGGCCAAUGUCACAGUCCGGUCUGUCUUUGGGGUCGUAAUGCCUCUGUUCGCGCCGCCGUUGUACGCUCGGUUUGGAUACGGCUGGGGUAAUAGCAUCCUUGCAUUUAUUGCGCUGGGAUUGACCCCAAUUACUCUGGUCCUAUAUGAGUAUGAGAGGUUGUGGCAGAUUUUCAAUCCCACGAGACAACAUAGCUGGACGCAUCCUAAGGAGGUCGUUGACCACUAA